AUGGUGGUCUUCAACGGCGUGCUGAAGAUAAAGAUUUGCGAGGCGCUGGAUCUGAAGCCCACCGCCUGGUCGCUGCGCCAUGCCGUGGGCCCCAAGACGCAGGGCUUCCUGCUGGACACAUACAUCGCGCUGAACGUGGACGACUCGCGCGUGGGCCAGACGAGCACCAAGCAGAAGACCAAUAGCCCCGCGUGGCACGACGAGUUCGUCACAGAGGUGCGCGGCGGCAAGAAGAUUGAGCUGUCCGUCUUCCACGACGCGCCCAUCGGCUACGACGACUUCGUGGCCAACUGCACCAUCCAGUUUGAGGAGCUGCUGCAGAACGGGAGCAAGCACUUCGAGGACUGGAUAGACUUGGAGCCGGAGGGGAAGGUGUACGUAAUUAUUGACUUAUCUGGAUCUUCCAGCGAAGCAGGCGGCUGUGAGAAUGAGGAGCGCGUGUUCCGGGAGCGCAUGCGGCCCAGGAAGAGGCAGGGCGCGGUGCGGAGGAGAGUGCAUCAGGUCAAUGGACACAAGUUCAUGGCCACCUACCUGAGACAGCCCACCUACUGCUCACAUUGCCGCGAGUUCAUCUGGGGUGUUCUAGGAAAGCAGGGCUAUCAGUGUCAAGUGUGCACAUGUGUGGUCCAUAAACGCUGCCAUGAGCUCAUCAUAACUAAGUGUGCAGGCCUGAAGAAACAGGAAGACAUGGCCGAGGAGGUGGGCUCUCAGCGCUUCAGCGUGAAUAUGCCUCACAAAUUCAGUAUUCACAACUACAAAGUCCCCACUUUCUGUGACCACUGUGGCUCAUUAUUGUGGGGGCUGAUGCGGCAAGGGCUGCAGUGCAAAGUUUGUAAGAUGAAUGUACACAGACGCUGUGAAAGUAAUGUGGCCCCUAACUGUGGGGUGGACGCACGGGGUAUUGCCAAAGUGCUGUCUGACCUGGGGGUGACACCUGAUAAAAUCUCCAGCAGUGUACAGAGGAGGAAAAAGAUUAGUCAAGGUCCGGACCCACAGCCUCUACCGAUAUCUCAACAAACAGAGGAGGAUCGCUCCAAAUCUGCCCCUACUUCACCAUGUGAUCAGGACAUAAAGGAGCUGGAGAACAUCAGGAAGGCUCUUUCGUUUGACCACCGUGGAGAAGAGACGAAACCUGAAACGCCUUCAUCUCCAAACGAGGCCGGGGCAGAGGAGACGGGGGAAGGCAGAGAAAACGGGGAAGUGAAGACGCUACAGUCGAAAAGAAUGAAUCUAGAAGACUUCUCCUUCAUCAAAGUGCUUGGCAAAGGCAGCUUUGGGAAGGUGAUGUUGGCUGAGCUGAAAGGCACAGACGAGGUGUAUGCAGUGAAGGUGCUGAAAAAAGAUGUGAUACUGCAGGAUGAUGAUGUGGACUGCACUCUAACAGAAAAACGCAUCCUCGCUCUGGCCAGAAAGCACCCUUACCUGACCCAGCUCUUCUGCUGCUUCCAGACAAAGGAUCGUCUGUUCUUUGUGAUGGAGUACGUAAAUGGAGGGGACCUGAUGUUCCAGAUCCAGCGCUCACGCAAAUUUGAUGAAGCCCGCUCCCGUUUUUACGCCGCUGAGGUCACCUCUGCACUCAUGUUCCUCCACCGGAAUGGGGUCAUUUAUAGAGACCUCAAACUGGACAACAUCCUGUUAGACGCUGAAGGCCACUGCAAGCUGGCUGACUUCGGCAUGUGCAAAGAGGGCAUUCUGGACGGCAUUACUACCACCACUUUCUGUGGCACUCCUGACUACAUUGCGCCUGAGAUCCUGCAGGAGCUGGAGUACGGCCCAUCUGUGGAUUGGUGGGCUCUGGGUGUGUUAAUGUACGAGAUGAUGGCAGGCCAACCACCAUUUGAGGCUGAUAAUGAGGACGAUCUGUUUGAGUCUAUCCUCCAUGAUGAUGUACUUUAUCCAGUGUGGCUCAGCAAAGAGGCUGUCAGUAUCCUCAAAGCGUUCAUGACGAAGAGUCCCAAUAAGCGGCUCGGCUGUGUGGUGUCCCAGGGCCUGGAGGAGGCCAUUAAGGUGCAUCCAUUCUUUAAAGAGAUCGAUUGGGUGCUGCUGGAGCAGAAGAAAAUCAAGCCACCUUUCAAACCUCGCAUUAAAACCAAGCGGGACGUCAAUAACUUUGACCAGGACUUCACCCGUGAGGAGCCCGUGCUAACUCCUGUGGAUGAGGCCAUCAUCAAGCAGAUCAACCAGGACGAGUUUAAAGGCUUCUCCUACUUCGGUGAAGAAACUCUGUCCUAGAACUUCCAUCUCCUGUGCUCCACUCCCACUGCUACACACCUGUGGCCCUUCACUAUUAAAAGAGACUGAGCGUUUACAGUGAGGGUCUGAAUAUCUAAUUAAAGACUGUCCGUGCAGUCUGUUUAUUUUAUUCACUGAUUCUAAGCUUUUUGUUUUAAAAAACAGAAUGGAAAGUCUUUCAGCUCAACAUUCUCACACACACACACACACACACACACACACACGCACAUACGCACACAUAAAUAAACACAUAGUGAUGGAAGUAUAUAUCCAAACAGGAACCUUGUUAAGAGAAAAAAUCUGUUUGCAAAGAGGUCAAAGUGCUUAUCCAAGAAUCUUGAAUAGUAAUGAGAAUAAUAUCCUUCUUUGUUAUUAUUACUCAAGCUGAUUCUUAGAUAAGCACUGUGUAUAAAGCAUAUUUGCUUGAAGCUACUCUGUGUGCUACUUUUUUACUGGCCAACAAAGGUGUUGGGGUUGCACAGAAAAGGAAUCCAUUACAAAUGACUAAUCUGUAACUGUUACACAGUUUAAACUGUUUCAAAAAUGAGUCUUUAUUAAUUAUUACUUCUACAUUACUCCAUAAAACCCCCACAUACCUGUACUGACUGUACAAAUGGAAACCCAGAAUUUUAGAAAGUCAUUUGUUUAGAAAGAAAUCACAGUUAAAUGUCAUUUGAGGGGCCUGUCAGUCAUCCCUGCCUUUGAACACCUAUUGCUGUUUGAAAACCCAGAAAUUAUACUGUGUUUAUAAACAGCCGCCUCGAAAUAAAAUCUGAAUAAACUUUAAAGAUUUUAGGGCUGUUCCUGAAGGAGCAUCAGCUUGAUUACAUGAGAGAGUGUUGAGGGUCUUGAAUUUACAGCAUUUCCCACGGUCAUGCUGCUUACAUUCACACAGUCAGCUACAUGCAUAAUCUGUAUAGAGGAAAUUUCCAACUUAAAUGCAUCACAUGUAAUACUGUAAAGAUGUUUGUUCAAACAAUCAGCAAUUAUAUAACAAUAAGUUGACAGAACAAAAGACAUAUUCUUGUUCUGAUUAUAUAUAUAUAUAUACAGUAUAUAGUGAAUAAAUAUUGCUGUGUUAAAGACAUAUGAGUAACACAAGUAGUGUAACUCAUAUUAAGUUAUAAUAAUUUAAUGCAUUACAUUAUUUCAGUAGAGUAAGAGCAAUCAUAUUACUGUGUAAAACUUAAAACUGCACAGUGCAUUAAGAGUUUAACCCAUGCUCAGAUAUGAAGCAAUAUCUUUAAAAAAUAAACAUGGUUAUAUGAAAUUUAAAACAUGAGCACCCCAUCCAGUCAGGAUUGGCCAGGAUUCCCCAGAAUAGCAUUGUGUGCUACUUGCUAUAACCAUAACUGUUUAUCAUUGAUGUUUUUCAUUACCUUGUAGUGUUUCAUUACCUUCCAAUAAUAAUAAUAAUAAUAAUGACAAUAAUAAUAAACACACACACACACAUUAUAUAUGCCACUUAUCCCUCUGGGUCACAGGGGGUGCUGCAGACUGUCCUAGCGGUCAUCGAGCAGCAAACACCCUGGACAGGUCACCAGUCCAUCGUGGGGCAGAUAAUAAAUACUGAUAAGAUAAAAACAAAAACAUUUUUCAUUUAAUCAUUCAAGUGAAACAUUCUUACCGAAUACUUGAAUAUUCAAGAUAAUGUCUGUUCAAGAUAAAAUUUGAAUAACUGAUAGUUGCAGCCCUGUUGUUGUACCAUAUUACUUUGUAUUGUGUUUCCCUACACUGGCCCAGCACAUGGCCAGUAAAAAAGUCUGAAUGAACUAUUGAGAGUCAUCAUUGAAUCCAUUGCCUAGUUAAAAUACCGUUAUUUAUAAAAGAUAUAUACAGAUCCUGAAUGAGGAAUCUCUAAGUACACUGACUGAUGAAACUGCAUGCAGUCUGUUACUUUCCAUCACUGCGCACACAUGCACACACUACACACCAACAGGUCCUACAGGAGGUGCUUUCAAGUGCAUAAUUCAGCACGGACUCCAGCUCCUUCUCCACUGCUGUAGAAUCUGAGGCUGUAACUAUAACCAAACUUGUAGCCCCCCCACCUCGUUCCCUCUCUUUUGGAAAGCGAAAACCAAAUGUAAACAACCAAUGAUUGUACUGAAAGGGUGCAGCUUGUUACUGUGCUUUAAGCCUGAGCUGAGGAAUACAAAGGAGAGCGGCCGCUGGAGUCUGACUCUCUGACAGGAACAUCAGUCGGAACCUGUCAGCGGAGUGAUGUUGGACAAACUGCCUUUGAUCUGGAUGACCACGUCUCUUCCCCUUAGAAACAUCAGUGUUGUCUUCGACCCAAAUGUGUGCGAAUGUGUGCGUGAGAGAGAGUGGGGGGGUUGAUGUUUGCGAAGUGCUCAUCAGUGUCUCUUUACUAUGUUAAAUCUAUUUUUAUUAUUAUUAUUAUUAUUAUUAUUAUUAUUAUUACUGGAUUGUCUCGUUGCUGAGCUGCUGAACUUUUCGGAGGACAGAGUGCGGAAAGAUACAGCAGCACCUGUUCACGUCUGUCUCAAUGUAUAGAACAUGUCCUGUAUAUUAGCCUGUGAACUCUUUUGGUAAUAGAGCUCUCAUCCAUUGCAUGGUCAUGCAAACAAUAAUAUUGUGUAUUUACUAGACGAUGAGGAAAAAGUUACAGUGUCCCAUGUGCAAUAUGCUGUGUAUGAGUGUCUCCUUUGCUUUUUCUCUGUGAAUCCCUUUGCUGGCUUUGCUGACAAGCCAAUAUUCACCUUCUUAUGGCUUUUUGAGUUACUAUGUUUUGUGAACACACUCCAGGUCCUUUAUUUUAGUGGUGUUUCGGCCCCGUCACUUCUUGAUAAACCCCCAGCUGGGUUGUUUUUGAACAUACUACAUGUUUUCACAUUCUCACAUGCCUAACAUACCCUACUGGAAGUCUGUGACUUUGUGACAAAUGGACGAGUGACAGAGCUCUGUUUGGAUUGAGCCCAUAUGAGAUUUUUUUUAAAGAUAAAGUUAAAGCUGUUUGAGGUUUGAAAAGGUUAUUGAUUUUAUGUAUUAGAGAGGAAUUCCACUGCAUAAUUCAACUUGUAAGGUGUAAGCAAAUGAAGUGUUUUGAAUGGUUUGAGGUGUAAUGCUUCAUUCUAGAGCUGUCAGAAUUGUUCACAGCAGUGGUGAUAGGAACCAGACGUCUCAAGCUGUCAUAUGAAAUGGUUACAAGUGGUUAUCUGAUACAUAAGGCAUUGUUUUUUACAAUAAGCUUUUAGCUUAAAAUGUUUCUGUAGGACCCGUUUAAGGCAUUGUUAAGCUAUUUUGCCAUCAUCACUAUUACAUAUACUAAUUCAGAAGAUGUGUAGGUUCACUGGUCAUGAUGGAUAGUAUAUAAAAUGCUUAUAUUUGUGUUGUAGAUCCUGUUUCCUAUCACUGCCACUGUAGAGUUUCUCUACAAUGAACCAUUUCAUAUUAAACCACUCUGUUUGACUUUGUUUACAUUUCAGUGUUUAAAUUAUGCCCAAUGUUGGGAAAAUUGGUGGAAUUCCCUUUUAACAGGUCACAACUAAUUUGGCCACCAAGGUGGAGACUUCAGAAAUGGGAGCAGGACAUUAAGUAACGUGUUAUUUACACUGUAAGCAGUUUGUUGUUUGACACACUUGCACCUGCAUGCACUGGCCAUUCAGGAGCACUUACCUUAAAAAGACAGGUGCCAAAAUAGAUUCCUUGCAUAAUGCAGUGGAAGAACCACUUGUGGGUUUUCAGUGGAUGUUUUUUGUAGAACCAUACUUGUAAAGGAGAUGUGCAAGUGUGAAGAACCAUUUUGCAGUUUAUUGAACUUCCACAUGAAGCAGAGGUUCUAGACUGAAUACAUAGAACCUUUGUUAUUUUAACACAUGAUUCUUUAAGGAAGCAAAACGUCUUUGGUGGCAUUGUUCAAAGCAUCAUUUUUUCAGAGUGUAAGGUUCAAAAAAGGUUGUAUGAUGUCAUAGAAAAACCAGUUGUGGUUUACUAUGGAACGUUUCAGUCGAUGGUUCUUUGGAGAACCACCAUUGGAGAUCAGAUGUGUAAGUGAACCUCCAUGUAAUGUAACAAAAUGUUCCAGUCCGAACCCUUAAAUGGUUCAACCUCUAACUUGUCCUAUUUGGAACGUUCCUCAUGCUUGGAUCUCUUUUUCAGACAUGGUUCUUGAGAGAGAUGUAAGUGGUUCUUUUAGGAAAUCACUCAAGAACUGUUCGUGGCACCUUUUUUAAGAAGUUGGCAGGUUUGCAUUUACUGACUGCUCAUCUGUUGCCGUGCAAUUUUUCAGCCACCCUCUCCACCGUACAUCAGUGGACAGGGAGCACCAUAGGACCGCCACUGAGCAGAUAUUGUUUAACCGGAGGAUCGUUCUCCGCAGUGACACUGACGUGGCAGUGGUGUGCUGGUACGAGCAGCAUUGCUGAAGCUCUUAUCCCAAGAUCAAGAUCACUAAGACCAAAAAGCCACAACAAGACCUCACUGUUAUGGCCAUGGCUUAAUCUACCACUGCUACCCAGACUGGCUUUGCCAUCUGCUCACUUCUUUUUUUUUUUUUUUUUUUACUUGGAUUCUUUUCACAUUUUGUCACUACAUGGUUCAUCAGUUUGUGUCUUUGCCUUGUUUUUUGCUGCUUGGACUGCGCUCCUGUCAAAAAGUACUAGGCUGUUGUCCUCUUGACACAAGCAGAACGGACUUCAUCUCACUUCUUCCUCACCAGAACUUCUGCCCAGCUCUUAGGAUGUUUAAAUCAAGAGAUGACUCUACAUAGGAAACCCAUUGGGGCUGUUAUAAACAUUCAUCUGUUCAAGCAAAAAUAAACACUUGUCUGAAGACGUACCUUUUAGAAACAUGCUAUUCUAUCUGAGUCUGGCUGAGUAUUAUGUAUGUACAUACUGAGGUACAGUGCAAAUUAAUGUAAGUUAUGUGUAUUAUAUCACUGUAAGUAUCAUAUACAUGUGUAAGUAUUUUCUUUUGUUUUUGUGUCGUGAAGCUUCGUUUGUUGUGCGUCUUUUGUUUGUAUGUUUGUCUGUUUGUUUCUGCCCAUUCCUCACCAUCAUGUCAUUGUAUGUGUUUUACUGUGUGCCAAAUGUACUGUACUCAAGGAUGUGAAUGUGGAUUGUUUGUUUUGGAGCCUAUUAAAAAAGAUGGUGUCAAAAGGUCA